AUGAGCUCUAAUGGGUGGUCCGGAGAGGGACUAGGUGAGGAAGCGGGUGAGGGACUCAGUGGGUUUGUUCCCCCGCUUGAGAGGGAGACGCCACCUCCUGCUGAGAUCCGCGAAGACGAAGAUGAAGAGCACGCAGGAGGAUCCGUCGAGGGUGCCGCGCGUGAAAGGACUCCGACUUGGGGCGGUUCGAACGAGGGUUCGGAACGAGGAACGCCGAGAAGAACUGAACCCUGGAUCGAGGGUCUCGAGGCUCGAAGGGACGGAGAUGGGACGCUCGUGUCAGAACCUCUGUCUCCAAGAGCGAGAUGGAUGGCCGAAUCGGUGUUGGACACGCCCCGGGGCCGAACGAUGUUCAACAAGUUCCUCGCGCGGCUGGCACGCAAACCAGCGCCGAGCGAAGAGACGACUCCGGCGAGGACGACGGCUGGUGAGACCGCGAACGCCGCGAUGUCGACUCCGAGAGCUCGGCAAGGAGACGCGUUCUCCUUCGAUGCGUCGAGGCCGUCGCUACCUCUUGCGAGUGAGACGCGAGGCGAGGUACCGACAGUAACGCCAUCCGGUGCGGCGAUAGACACGAGAGGAACAACGAGGUACCCUUCUCCGCGUGUGGUGGAACGCCAUGGUGUGUCUGGAACGACAUUUCCGAAGAGUGACACGCCCGGGAGACAAGGAGGAACACCAGCGCGGGCGACGGAGACGCCGACAAGGAGGGCCGGAACACCGACGUCGGACUCUGCGUUACAAGAGAUGUUGGUCGACACGUUUGGUCGGGUACUCUAG